AUGGCGGCGGUGGGCGUCUUCACCAUCACCGUGAAAUCGCUGACCGGCAGAAAGCUGCCCAUCCAGGUCACCUCCUCAGCGACCACAAUCGGCGCACUCAAGUUCCUCCUCGAGCAGCAGUAUCACGACCAGUAUCAGGACAGCGUCCCUGUGGCAGCAAACCAACAUUUGAUCUUCGCCGGCAAAAGGCUGCAGGACGACCAGACCCUCGAGUUCUACCAGAUCGCGAACGGCGCGACACUCCACCUGGCGUUUGAGGAGGGCACGCUGCUCGACAAGUCGUCGUGCAAGCAGCUGGUCGAGCGCAUUGAGCGCCACCUCGCAGCAGAUGACUCGCCAGACGCGCUGCGCGACAUGAAGUUCGUCGUCGCCGAGGGGGAGCUCGCAAAGCUCAUCGGCUCCGAGGCGGUGGCUGCCCUGCGUUCGAUGGGAGAGGCGCAACUCAAGGCUCUCGGUGCCGACGCCGCAGCGCGCGCCACGUUCAAGCUCCGCCGCCGCGAGGCGAUCGCCGGCACGCAAGACGACGUCAUCCCAUUCCACCGCGACUCGAGCCUCGUCGUCGUCAACGUCGCACUCAACGACGACUUCGACGGUGCGGCGCUGCUCUUUGCCGUGGGCGACAAGAUCGUGCGCCCGGCGCGCAAGAUCGGCACGGCCACCGCACACGACUGCCGCAUCCACCAUGCGGUCACCCGCCUCGCCGCGGGCGUCCGCUACAACCUCUACGCGACCUACGAGCGCCCAGUGCCCGCCGCGGCGUAG